AUGGUCUUGGCAACCCCAUGGGGAAUGUUUUGGACCCUCGUAGGCCCUACGAUGAAUAAGGUUGAUGGUCUGGAUGAUCGAGACAAGUUUGUCUUGAGUGGCUGGAACGCUGUUAUGGGCCUUGGUGCUGGGGAAAUGAGGUUUGUUCCAAGAGAACUUGCUUUAUCUUUACAUUGGAAACCUAGUAGGCCUGACUCUCUUGCUGCGAUGAGAAUACGAUGUUGUGCUGUAUCGAAUGAGUCAACAUUCAUAAAGUACCCAGCAGUCAUGAUGAUUCGAUCUUGUGAAGAAUUAGGUAUUGCCUAUUCAACUCGAGCAGAUGACCAACGAGAGACAACCUCAACACUCAUUAAGCAUCAUGUCAAAGGCCGAGAUGUUUCCGAAGAUCGAGAUACUGCAGCAUCCCUAGUGCUAGAAUUAUUGCUUGUCAUUCAAACUGGGCAAUGCCGCUUGCAUAUCUUGACUCCUGAAUACGACGCCUCCCCGCUGCGGCCCGGCGGCAACGGCUUUGACAAGGAAAUGCAAUAG